AUGAAAAUUAGAGCUGAACAGACUUCCUUUGAAGGUAUCAAUUGUGCAGGAGGUUCCCAUGGUGUGUCCUGCCGAAGUUCCCAUGGCCUCAGCCCGAGCAAGGGCGAACCAGGACUCCUUCGAUUGUCUCAGGCACUUCUUGGAGGUCCUGGAGUCCUUCAGGAAGAAAGGGAAACCGAUUGCAUGCUCCUCGCCUCCCUUCGACUUCCCUUCCUCUCGACUCCGCCUUCCGAUCCUUCGAUUUACUUUGUUCUCUUUCUGUUUUCUCCACCAAUUCUUCUUGGACUUCCUUCCUUCCGACUCCACCUUCCGAUACCCAGACCUACCCCUAGCUCCUCUCCACUUGGACCCCCUUACCCCGGAGUGCGAAGGCAGAGUCCUGACCCUGAGACUGUUGCUACACCUUGCAGGGAGUGGUCGCCCGGAGGUAGCGGCGGAGGGACCCAGCAGCAGCUGUCGGUGGUGACGACGGUCUGGGGCGUCACGACGUCCACUCAGUCGGAGGCGGCUUUCGGAGGCGCCAAAUCCUCCCCGGUCGCCCAGCCCCCACCGCCCCACUACACCACCCCUCCCAACUACCGGCACUCCAGUCCUGGGUGA